CCUUUUUAAACCCCACAAUUUUGUCUUAGUCUCUCCCUCCCAUUAUCCCACCAUUCUCUCAAAUCAUCAAACCUAAAACUUUUAGCCUCUGUAACCUCCUCUUAUCCAAGAUGGAGCCAAUCAACGACGAGAUUGCUCGUGAAUUUCGCUUCUUCCGGGUGUACAAAGACGGUCGCAUAGAAAUAUUCUACAAGACACAAAAGGUCCCCCCUUCGACUGACGCAGUCACUGGUGUCCAAUCCAAGGACGUCACAAUUCAACCCGAACCCGCCGUUUCUGCCCGUAUCUUCCUUCCCAAGAUCCAGGACCCGGCCCAAAAGCUCCCCGUUCUCCUCUACCUCCACGGCGGUGGGUUUAUCUUCGAGUCUGCCUUCUCUCCUAUUUAUCACAACUUCGUCGGCCGAUUGGCAGCUGAAGCCCACGCAAUCGUAGUGUCCGUCGAAUACGGGUUGUUCCCGGAUCGCCCCCCACCGGCUUGCUAUGAAGACUCAUGGGCGGCGCUCAAAUGGCUCGCGUCCCACGGUAGUGGGGAUGGAACCGAGUCGUGGUUAAACAAGUACGCUGACUUUGACCGGUUGCUUAUAGGCGGGGACAGCGGUGGAGCAAAUUUGUCGCACUAUUUGGCUGUCCGGGUCGGGUCCAUCGGGCAACCGGAUUUGAAGAUUGGUGGAGUUGUGCUGGUGCAUCCGUUCUUUGGGGGCUUGGAGGAGGACGACCAAAUGUUUCUGUACAUAUGUCCGGAGAACGGUGGGUUGGAGGAUCGUAGGCUGAGGCCGCCCCCAGAGGAUUUCAAAAGGCUAGCGUGCGGGAAGAUGUUGAUAUUUUUCGCGGCGGGAGACCAUCUGAGAGGGGCGGGCCAGCUGUACUAUGAGGACCUGAAAAAGAGUGAGUGGGGAGGGAGUGUCGACGUGGUGGAGCAUGGUGAAGGACAUGUGUUUCACUUGUUCAAUUCGGACUGUGAGAAUGCUGCGGACUUGGUGAAAAGAUUUGGAUCCUUCAUCAACCAAAAGUAGUUACCUUACCUUGCUGCCCUGUGCCUUGACACCUGUAAUAAACUUAUUUUGACAUUUCGUCGCAGUGUUGAUUAUAUUAUUGUUGUGUUGUCGUUGUAUAAUUUAAUCUACUAAUAGAAAUAAUGGAGGAUGGUUGGGUU